CUGUUCGAAGAGCGUUAUCAGAGUGGCAACACUGCGUCACGUUAGGUGUUCACUCCGGGGCAGGCUGCCCGUGUUUUGUCGAUAUAGCGCGUACCUAGGGAUGGAGCUGUGAGACGUCCGCCUUUUCAGCCUCCGAUGAUGAAGAUCACCGUCAAGGUUUUCCAGGGCCAGGAGACGACCUUCGAGGUCAACGAUAGGACCAGCGUCAAGGAGCUGAAGCAGCACGUCUCCCAAGCGCUCAAGGUGCCCGUUAACCAGCAGAAGCUGCUUCUAACCGGAAAACCGUUGUCCGAUGAAAAAUGUCUCGUCGACUACCCGCUGAUCAAGGAUGGUACAAAGAUAAACCUGGUUGUGAAGAAAGCCGAAGAGGAGUGCGUCCUAAGGCUGGCUGUCAUCAACUACUUGAAAAACCGGUUUUCCGAGGCCGAGACGGGCCGGAUUGCGGAUGAAUUUAUGAAAGAAUUCAACCGAUCGAUGUCAACACUCAACCUCGAGGACAUCGAGAGGAUAGCGACGACAUACUACACAGAUGAUUAGCGCCGCGCAGACUGAAACUGGCCGAUCAAAUAAAUAAUAAGUAACUUGACUCAAUUCUAACUCUUUUUCUCUAACACGAGAUCCGACAGAGCCCGGAUCGAAGGGGCUCCAUCCCCGACAUUUUGUACAUGGUGUAAUUAUUUUUAUUCUAGGUCUCAAUUCUUGAUUCAGCUAGUUGUAGUUUUGUUAAUGAAUAAACAAAUUUAUUUGUGCUCUUUA